UCCGUGCCCUGCCCAUACCGCGCGAGCGCGCCGUUGGAUCCACAGUUUGUGACGUUCUGCGCGCGUUGGCUCGGUUGGUUCGUUGGAGGUGAGUGGCCAUGUUUGUGCCGGAACUGGUGAGAAACCGAAGCGGAGGAGGUCGCCUCAGGAUUAGUGCCUGGCCGGACUGUGCGUGAGUUCCUAGCUGAGAGAAAGCGUGUUUCUUGCAACAUCUGCCGGCGUUACGUUUUGACGAAGAGGGGCAAGAGACGGCAACUAUAUCUGGAUCUGAAGUGUUGCCAUGGUCGUGUGAGCAGGGCCUAAUCUUGGAGAGCACGAGAGCGAGGACAGGCCGCCUCCUAGCAACCGGGACUGAGAGGCGGGGGGAGUGGAGAGCGUGCGCGCCACCGCCGCCCGCAAGCGCCCUCUCACUCCCCUUACCCCCCAGAGCGUAAAGGCCUGGGCCAGCCCGGCCUUUGCCACCUCCACUGACCAUGGCCUGGGUACUGAAGAUGGACGAAGCCAUUGAGUCUGGGCUCGUGCACGAUUUCGACUCCAGUUUAUCUGGUAUUGGACAGGAGCUUGGAUCUGGUGCUUAUAGCAUGAGUGAUGUCUUGGCACUACCCAUCUUCAAGCAAGAAGAUUCGAACCUCCCUCCUGAGCAUGAAACGAAGCAUCCACCAUUCCAGUAUGUGCUGUAUGCAGCCACAUCCCCUGCUGUUAAACUACAUGAUGAAACACUCACCUACUUGAACCAAGGUCAAUCUUAUGAAGUCCGAAUGCUAGAUAAUCGUAAAAUAGGAGAUUUACCAGAAAUAAGUGGGAAAAUGGUCAAGAGUAUAGUGAGAGUUGUAUUCCAUGAUCGUAGACUACAAUACACUGAGCAUCAACAACUGGAAGGUUGGAAAUGGAACCGGCCUGGAGAUAGACUCCUUGAUUUAGAUAUUCCGAUGUCUGUUGGAAUUAUAGAUCCUAGAACUAAUCCAGCACAACUGAACACAAUUGAAUUUCUAUGGGAUCCAGCAAAACGCACCUCUGCUUUUAUUCAGGUACAUUGUAUUAGCACAGAAUUUACUCCCAGAAAACAUGGGGGUGAGAAGGGGGUUCCAUUCAGGAUUCAGAUCGACACAUUCAAGCAAAAUGAAACAGGAGAAUAUACAGACCACCUUCAUUCAGCCAGCUGCCAAAUUAAAGUUUUCAAGCCCAAAGGUGCGGACAGGAAACAGAAAACUGAUAGAGAAAAAAUGGAGAAGCGAACAGCUCAAGAGAAAGAAAAAUAUCAACCUUCGUAUGAAACAACAAUCCUAACUGAGAUGAGACUUGAGCCUAUUAUUGAAGAUGCACUUGAACAUGAGCAGAAAAAGUCCACCAAGCGGACUUUGCCAGCAGACUGCGGUGAUUCUCUGGCAAAGCGAGGCAGUUGCUCUCCUUGGCCAGACAAUGCCUAUGUAAACAACAGUCCUUCUACUACUCCGGCAUUUACCUCGGGACAAGUCAGUACUUACAGUGUUCCUGACAGUAAUUCUUCUUCACCAAAUCAUCAAGGAGAAGGGACACCACAAUAUGUAGUGGAGCAACUAUGUCCAGCAGCUACAAUACAGGAGGCCCAGCAAUGGUUGCACAAGAAUAGAUUCUCGACAUACGCGAGGUUAUUCUCAAAUUUCUCAGGUUCUGAUUUACUGAAGUUGACACGAGAUGAUCUUGUCCAGAUCUGUGGCUCAGCUGAUGGGAUUAGAUUGUUUAAUGCACUCAAAGCAAGGUCCGUUAGACCAAGGUUAACCAUCUAUGUUUGCCAAGAAUCGCAGCAUGGAAGAAGUAUUUCACAGCUGACUAGCUCACAAGAUAAUGAAAAUGGAGAGGGAGACAGUCGUGCAAUAUAUGUAUACCAUGCCAUCUACCUGGAAGAACUAACAACAGCAGAACUUGCCAAAAAGAUUGCUGCUAUCUUUAGUAUAUCCCAAAAUCAGAUAAACCAGGUGUACAGACAGGGUCCUACAGGUAUUCAUGUUCUCGUUAGUGAUCAGAUGGUUCACAAUCUCCAAGAUGAAAGUUGCUUUGUAAUCAGUACGAUAAAAGCUGAAAAUAGUGAAGGCUACCAUGUCAUUUUGAAGUAACCUGUCCCAUUUAGCAGUUAAGCUGGACUACAUUUUUGCAUAUAGAAGAUAUCUUUAUUAUGACAAAGGACAUUGAGCAAAUUCAUCUAAAUGUUAGAAUCUGACUUCACUGUACAAAAUGUUUCAUAUUGAAAACACAGCUUGACUGUUCAGUUACUUUACUGUGAGUUUGAAAUUUCUGGAAAUAUCACUGCCACCAAUCUGCACCCUCCUUGCAUGUGUAGGAUGCAGCAAGCUUGAGGGUAGACCUGAACGUCCAGAAAUUAUGGUUCAAAGUGGUCUUCAUAAAUAUGACGAGGAGGAAAAUGGCCAGUAGAUCCAGAUUUGCACAAUAAUAGUCUAAUUUUGAAGCAGUUCUGCUUCACCUUAACUGUCUAGUUUCUUGAUUAUUGGUUUUGAGAUUGUUGAGGUAUGCCAUGUUUUUUUUAAAUGUUUGCCUUUUACUUUGUGCUGUAAUGCAUUUUACUGCCUUCAAGAUACUAGUUUCACUCUAUAGAACUGUAUCUGCAAGAUCAUAUAGUGCAGUUGCUAAUUUGCAUUCUAAAAAGAGAAAAACUAUAUAAAAAUGUUGUGAUUUCAAUUCCUGUCUCGAAUCAGGACAUUGUUUAAUUUAAAGUUGCAGCUUGCACAUUAAAUAUAUUUUUUCCUGCUUCCUUUAAGGUCACAUGGCUUUUUAUAUAUAAAAACUGAUCUUAUUUGUUUUGAACAUUGUAAUUUUUAUUGUUUGAGUUCAGUGUCAAACCUUUUAUCUGUAGAUAAACAGCAGUUGUGAAUAAAGCAAGGAGAUUCUCAGUUUUGUUUGUAAAUCAUAAUUGCUGUUAGAUCAGAGGAAAGGUAUGUUCUGCAUUAUUAAAAACAAAUUUGUAAAUUCCAUUAAUCAAAUCCUAUGCUUUUGAAAGCUGUAUUUAAAAAAAAAAUGUUGUGUCCAAUGAUUCUCCAAGUCAUAAUUGUGCCUAUGUGACCAAAUCUCACUGCACUGAUACGUUAAUAAAAUCAAGUUGCUUACUUUUAA